CAAAUACACAUAAUACACUCGUUCUAUUGUAAAAACUUUUACUAGGGUUCGUAAAAAUGAAUAUUCUUUUUUGAUGAAUGUAAAAUCAUACAAAUACAAGCUGGUUAUGCUAAUUUUGGUAUCACGAUGAAACUGCGCUUUUUAUCAAAGAUCGUAUUAUAGCUAGAGUCGAAAUCAAACUUAUAUGGCAUUAAAGAGCUAAACGGUUAAACGUAAUUAUCAUUUGGAAUAUAGUGUCAUCAUCAAUUGAAAUAAAUUAUUGUAGUCGAAUAAAUCGUUUUCUUUAAUCUAUAUAACAUUAUUGAGAAAAAAGGAGAUCUUUUCUCAACAAGUUAUUGAAAGUGGUUGAGUUGGUUGAAGAAAUUGUACGUACAAGAAAACAUGACUGAAAUAAUAAUAGACAUGAACGCUGACAAAGGCGAAAGAAACCAAGCUGCUCACUCAGAAGUUUGUAAAAUAAAUAUAGAACCAGAAGAACAAACAUCAAAUUCAGCUAUGAUGAACGGAAAAUUAGCUAUGCAGGAUUAUGCUGAUUUGGUGCAAAGAACAAGGGAUGUUUUUUUAAGUGGAAAAACUAGACCUUUAAAGUGGCGAAUUCAUCAAUUGAAACAAUUGAGAAAAAUGAUUGAAGAUAAUGUGGACAAAUUAAAUUCAGCUUUAAAAGCUGAUUUAAGACGAAGCAAAUUUGAAAAUCAUUGUUUAGAAAUAGAUUUCACUUUGAAUGCACUCACAGAUAUGCUUCAGAACAUUGAUGAAUGGUCUGCGACAGAAAAGCCUUCAAAAGAUUUUGCAAAUAUUUUAGACUCACCUCAAAUACAUUCUGAACCAUAUGGUGUGGUAUUAGUGAUAGGAGCAUGGAAUUAUCCUCUUCAAUUAUGUAUUGUACCAGUGAUUGGAGCUAUUGCUGCGGGCAAUUGCGUGCUUUUAAAACCAUCAGAAAUUUCAUCGACUGUAACCGAAGUUAUUUAUCAAUUAUUUCCCAAAUAUUUAGACCCCGAUUGUUAUCAUGUAGUAGUUGGUGGUGUUCCUGAAACAACUGAACUUUUAAAACAAAAGUUUGACUAUAUAUUUUACACAGGAUCAUCUCAUGUUGGAAAAUUAGUUCGUGAAGCAUCUAAUAAAUAUCUUACUCCUGUUACAUUGGAACUGGGUGGUAAAUGCCCAGUUUGGAUUGAUAAUACUGCAGACAUUGAAUUAGCGGCAAGACGGGUUCUUUGGGGUAAACUGAUAAAUGCUGGGCAAACAUGUGUUGCACCAGAUUAUAUUUUAUGUACAGAGGAAGUUGAAAAUAAAUUUGUUGCAAAAGCGAAAGAAAUAAUUAAGGACUUUUAUGGAAAUAAUCCAAAAGAAAGUCCAGAUUUAUGUCGUAUAAUUAAUCAAACUCAAUUUCAACGCCUAUCGCAAUUAUUAUCCUCAAAUGGUAAAAUUGCAGUCGGUGGUGAAAUAGAUGCUCAAGAAAGGUAUAUUGCUCCUACGAUUCUUGUAGAUGUUAAACCUACUGAUCCGGUAAUGUGUCAAGAAAUAUUCGGACCUAUUUUACCAAUAAUGAGAGUUGCUAAUGCAUAUGAGGCUAUUAAAUUUAUAAAUGAACGGGAAAAGCCUUUAGCGCUAUAUUUAUUUGGCCGAAAUCUCAAAGAUCUAUUAUUUAUAAAUGAAAAAACGUCUAGUGGUGGUGUACUUAUUAAUGACGUUAUAAUGCAUCUUGCAGUUGAUACACUGCCGUUUGGUGGAAUUGGAGGUUCCGGUAUGGGAGCUUAUCAUGGUAAAUGGACAUAUGAAACAUUCACUCAUAGGAAAGGUGUUCUUGUUAGAGAUACUAGUAGCUUUGGAGAAAUGCUUGCAUCAUCUAGAUAUCCACCGUAUUCAGAUAAAAAGUUAAAGCUAUUAUCACUUUUAUUGAUCAAAACGCCAAAAAUUCCUGGAAUCAAAUAUUUUCCACAUGUUGUAAUGUUUGGGUUAGGAAUUUUGGCGACUAUUGGAUUUAAUGCAGCGAUGAAGGAAUUUGGUACAUCAGAUGAUCAACUAUAAAGUGAUUUUUUUUAUUCUACUCUACAAACUUUUCAACAAAUUUCUAUUUUAAAUAAUCGAUAAUUCUGUAUUGUAGUUAGAAAUAUAUGGGACCAGUAAUUUGUUGAAUAUUUUAGAAAUAUUUUGUUUUUAAUAUGUUAUUGAUGUUAUUAAAUUUAUUUUUAUUAAUACAUUCUAUAAGAAUAUUGAUCAAAUGAUCGCACGAACUUUAUAAUGUAGAAAAUCAAUUACCAUUAAAUGAUAAUAGGUAAACAAUAAAUAAAUGAAAUUUUUAUUUUUA